UUCAAAUCCCCCCCCCCCCCCAUCUCUCUCUUCAGUAGCACCAAACCCCAACCCUUCUCUCUUCUCUCUCUCUCAGAACUAAAACAAGAAACCCUCACAACAACUCAAGAAUUCUUCGAUUCCGAAUUCUUGAAAAGCAAAAAAUAUCAUCAAGAAAUGGCUCAAAGAGCAGAGAAAGAAGAGACCGAGUUCAAGGUACCAGAAACCUUGACUUCAUGUAUCAAUAAUUGUGGAGUUACGGGUAAUCCUGCAACUAACAACAUGUGUCAGAAAUGUUUCAACGCUAGCACCAGCACGUCUAAUUCUUCUUCCUCUUCCACCGCCACUAGCAUGACGUUUGCAGCAACAGCCACCAGCGUAUCUAACAACGAGAUCUUAAAAUUCACCGGCGAGAAGUCGGCGAGAUCCAGCAUAUCUCGUUCGCUGGUGAAAGAUCCACAAAAGUCACCUGAAACAGCAUCGGAUAAAGAAAGAUCCUGUGCCUAUCAUGUGGCGAAGAAAGAGGUGAACAGGUGCUCAGGGUGCCGAAGAAGAGUGGGAUUGACUGGAUUCCGGUGUCGGUGUGGGGAGCUGUUUUGCUGGGAGCAUCGGUACUCAGAUCGACAUGAUUGUAGCUACGAUUACAAAACUGCAGGUCGCGAAGCUAUCGCGAGAGAGAAUCCUGUUGUUAAAGCUGCCAAGAUUGUUAGAGUUUGAAUCAAGAAAGAAGACGUACAUUUCAGGGUGAUCGAUUCUCUCGAUACAAACCGAAGAGAUCUCGACCGAGUACGUUCUACCAAGAGAUAUCGUUGAAUCAUCAUGGGUUUCAAGAUUAUCAAGAAGUUUAAACACCGAGAUCAAGAUCAAAUUCUUCGUGUUGUUGGAUCAAUCUAUAGAUUUUCAUUCACUUUUUUUUUACUUUUUUUUAGAAAUUAAAGAUUAAUAUUAUUAAUAUUAUGAUGCUUAUUAUUGUGCUUGAUGUUUUUGUUUUUGUUAGAGCUUGGAUUGGUCAUGAUUGUUUCUGGAAAGUUGAUGAUGGCAAUGUCAUGUGAAUGUAAAUUGGGAUGAAAACGUGAGGGCUUUUAUGUCAAUUUAUUUUACAUGUGGACUUGGAAUUUUCAGCUGUGAGGUUUGGAAAGUUCCGGGGCCCGCAUGUGAUGCUGUGUUCUUUUAAUAUAUCGUGAGAUUUUAAUAA